UUUAAGCUCAACUUGCUACGAGUCUCUGCAUUAAGUUACGUGGUGAACGAAGUGAUUUAAAGGUCACAACUACCUUGUAAAUUUUACAUAUUCAAAUAUGGUGAUACUUUAUGUGUUGGAUAUUGUUGUACCAUUUUUGAUGAUUGGAGAAGUGUACUCUACCAAUGCCAGCACACCGUUCUGCAAACAAUAUUCAGAUACUCAGCUGAACCAAUGCUGCCUCUGCCCGGACAGCAAACCUUGUGAACUCACCUGUCCGGGGGAGUGGAAGUUAAUCAGAGGAAAUGAAGUCCAAUGUGCGAAUCAAAAUAUAUACCCCGAAUAUAUUGAUUAUGAAAAUUACGAUAACACCACUGAUAUCGAGUAUUGCGUAUCGGAGUGUCCCGUCCGCACGUUUUACGAGUAUCGGGAUUUAAAGUGCCAUCCGUGCGACCCUUCCUGCAAGGCGUGUGACGGGCCGAACGCUACUGGAUGCACUGCAUGUGAGUUUGAAACCGAUGAUGGCUGCUUGAAAGAAUGUCCGCCAGGGUGGGAACCUUUACUCGGACGAAAGGGACCACGGCGAGGGACGGUGUGCAAGAUACGAGUUGCCGACGACGACCUGAAUCCUCGUACGUUUGUCAUUAUUGGCGCUGUUGCAGGAGCUUUGAUCGGCGUUGGCGUCAUCAUAGUUGUGUGUUGCGUCUGCUGUAGAUGCAGAACAGGCAACUGUGUACAAACAAAGAAUAAGAAGGCUAAACCAAAUAGAUAUGUCCGAGGAGAAAACGACAUUGAUAUUGCUGGCUUUACGGACGAAAGGCAAUCCUUUACAACAGGAAAUACUGAGGACGCUAAUUAUCAUCUAUACCAUGAAAUCGAAGACAUGACCAUAGAGGUCAAAUACGACUAUGCGUACGCAGAACGUGAUGGUGACCGGAAGAAACCCGCUGAAUCAGAAGAACGCUACGAACCAAUUGAAGGCGAUUUCCAAGACGCAUCUCAGGACAUAAAUGUUGAUGAAGAAAUCUAUGAGGAAAUGGAAGCGCCUAGAACAUGUAAAAGUCCAACACCGCGAGCGGGACAAGAAUCUUACUUAACACCCGUUGCUGAAAGUGCCGGGAUCAAUGAAGGUAUUAAAAAACGAGGUGUAUCAGCCUCACACGAUAGAAGCAAAAGUAAUAAAGACAUAAAAUGUGUUGAUGGAAGCACAAAUACAACAGCUGGGAACCUGAGUUGUGAACCAUUAGCGGGCCGCGAUUAUGGUCAAACAGCAGCAUAUGUAACUGAAGAUUGUUUGGAACCGAUUUCUGGAACAGCCAAAGAUCCUUCAAGGAGUGGAGCGAUUAAUAACAUUAAUUCAAACGUCGACAAAACAAAAAUAAAAAAUGAACAAACAAAUGAUGGUAUCAUGGAUGAUGUCACUGAGUGUGAGUUUUAUACAAUUGCUACAGAUAAUAAAGGCGGUCCAAGUGAUAGUGUAGCAGCAGCGGGUAAAGAAUCAGAUUCAGCUAAGCAAAUGCAUUGUCCUACUAUUGGUCUUAAACUCGCGUCAAACAAAAAUGAGGUGAAACGUGGAAGCUCUAAAUCGGACUACAUUACCGGUAGAAAACCAAAACUUAAACCAAAGCCUUUGCCGAAACCUAAUAUACAAACGAGUGUGGCCUCGAAAAUAAGCUUUGAACCAGCUGUCAAACCAGUAUCUGAAACAGAAAUAAGCACUGACUUUGAUAUUAUCACUUAGCCUAGGCAUUUUAAACCCGUUCCUCUUCCAAGACAGCAAAUGACCUCAAGCGAUGGUACGGUUCAAGACGAUACACAAAUGAUAAAGCAAGUCCAUGUUCAAGGUAAAAAGGCAAUACCAAAGGAUGUAUCGGAUUUUAAUGAACACGAUAUAAAGAAGACUCAAUCUUGUACAACUGAAUUUCCAGUUAGACCAAACAAUGCCCUGUCGGAUGUUUUUGAAGACAAACUUCAGCACACUGGUCAUUAUACGGACGUGCUAAGCGUUGAUGACUUAAAAGAUGUGAGUAAAUAUAACCGAGAGUGUGAAGAAUCAAGUUCAGAAUUAGAUCUAUCUGACAAACAAUGCCAAAAGUAGUCUCUCUUACCUUCUCAGAAGAAGAAAUCAAAGAAAUUUUAGGCGAAACAAAGUAAACAUUUUUUUAAUAGACGCGAUAGCAAAUUAUCACCCGAAACAAUUUCA